ACUCGCAGCAGGAGGAAGCAAACUGCCAUCUAACUUCGGUCCAAGUGACAUAACAAGACCCGCGCGGGUCAAAGGGUGACUCCGCUCUCCUCCCAAACAAUCCCGAAAGAGUGAGCGGUAUCGGUGAUGAGCACAUUUUGGAAGCCGCUGGAAAGUGCCCUUGGACCGACAGCGCAGCGCCGUCUGUGAUGGAUGAGCGGCCGGUACCGCAGGUGACCAUUACCCCGGAGGUGGGCGGCUCCUCCCGGGAGAUGGGGCAGGAAGACUGGGGCAAUGCCGCGGACGGAGCCCUGCGGAGGAAACUCUCCAGCUCCUCCGUCUCCUCCACCGGCUCCUCCGCUCUGGAGUCGGAGGAGUCGAGCGACGGCGAGAGAGACGGUAAAGGCAUCGUCACCCUGGAGCAGGUGGUGGACACCGCAGAGAAUAAACCGUGGUGGAAGUUGAAGACCAUUGUCCAGUGUUCCAUCACCGCCACACAGAGGAAAAAAGUCAACUGGGUCCAGCUCGCUGGCCAUAAAGGGAACUUUAAGGCGGCAGAUGAGGGCACCAUACUGAAGAAGUUCUCCGAAAAUGAGAUGCAGUGUUUUGAAAAGCUGAGAAACGACGCGCUGUUCCCGUUCGUUCCCGGGUACCACGGCGUUGUGGAGAGAGAAGGGGAGUCAUUUCUUCAGAUGACAGAUCUGCUCACCAACUUCGAACAGCCCAACGUCAUGGAUUGCAAGAUGGGUUUGAGGACCUACCUGGAGGAAGAGCUGGUUCGAGCACGGGAGCGGCCGAAGCUGAGGGAGGACCUGUACAAGAAGAUGACGGCGGUGGACGGUGACGGGCCCACGGCGCAGGAGCACGGCCAAAAAGGCGUCACCAAGCUUCGCUACAUGCAGUGGAGGGACGCGAUCAGCUCCACCAACACGCUGGGCUUCAGGAUAGAAGGCACCAAGAGCUCGGACGGCAAGUGUUGCACUGACUUCAAGAAAACCCACUCCAAACAGGAUGUCAUCCUGGUGUUCCAGGGCUUUGUCGGAGGGAAUGCCAAUAUUAUCAGAACAUACGUGACAAGACUGACGGAGAUCCGACACGCCCUGAAGAGAUCCGACUUCUUCAUGCACCAUGAGGUCAUCGGAAGCUCCCUGCUCUUCAUCCAUGACAAAACCGACAACGCUCAGGUCUGGAUGAUCGACUUCGGGAAGACCACAGCCUUGCCAGCAGGCCAGAGGUUAAAGCACAACGUUCCUUGGAAAGAGGGUAGUCGGGAGGAUGGCUACCUGCAGGGGCUGGAGAACCUGAUCAACACGCUGGAGUCCAUCAUCAGCCACGACGGCGAUGAAGCUGCUGCUCACUAAGAGAUGUCCAAACUGGUAGAAGUGGAGGCUCAAAAGGUUUCAUGGAUUUGUGUUGAAAGCAUCGGGGGGUGGAGUGAGGAAGGUUUAGAAAAGCAUUCAGGGAUUCUCUUCUACGCGUUAUUUACCAAACUGACUCAAACUGGAUGGAAAACACUACUGUUGCUCACUAGUCUCCCAACCCGGUAUAAGUGAAGGCUCCUGAGGGGGAAGGUCUCUCCUCUGUGCUCCUGGGUGUCUCCACUGGACUCCACAAGACCCUAGGAUGCUGUAGCAGGUCCACUUGAGUGUCAGAGGGUGGGGGAUACCCCUAUCUGGUUUGGCAGUGAAGUGCCUAUGCCUCACCUGUCCACUUCUACCGUCCCCUGCCCCACCAUCUCUUGGGUUAUUCCUUUAUUCACUUCAGAAAUACAGGGAUGCUUUGAAUGGCCUUAUGGUCCUGACAUCUCAGCGUUUCUCCUGGCGAUCCAGGAAGUGAAUCCUGGCUUGUUCUUAAGCAACGGAUUCAGGGAUAAACUCCACACACAGAGCAGUCAUGUGGUCUCACUGGAUCACUGGCAUAUUCAGCUUGUGUCCACAUGUCCAGGGAAGCAAACCCAAGUUCUUAGAGCCACCGUUUUCCUUCAUUCAACCUUGUCCUGAAGUCCCAUUCAGUGAGCGCCUCAGGUGGCCAUCCCACUGCCGACACCAUUUGUGGUGAAUACAGAGAGUUUGUUGGCAAGGCUGAAACUGUCGCUUCGUUUUUUCCCCCCUAACUUCUUCUCAAAACAAGGCUGUUUAUAACAAGGGCUGCGUCACUUUCUCAAAACAAUACUUGAACUGUCAGGUGUUCACAAAUAAAAGGGGCUGUUACCACAUAAUCACAAUUAUGGCGGGAAAAUUAAUUCAAUAGAAAUAGGUAGGUUAUUGCCGUCAUGUAAAGACAGGCAUUGUAAUAUAGACGAAGCUUUGGUUAUAUAGAUGAUCUUGGAAGUUAACCACAUGGUUCCGUACAACUCUUUGGUAUGUGGGUGUGAUCUUGUAAAAUUUCAGGCGUGAAAACUGAAUAAAUAUUGA